AUGGGCGAUGUCUCAGGUCCCGCGGACAUGCCAUUGCGUGCGAAGGUCGUUGACCUCUCACUUGGUUGGUCGUUUAAGCAGACAGACGAAGUCGGUUCGAACGCUUGGUUGCCAGUCAAGAAGAUCCCGUCGACCGUGCACCAAGACCUGAUAGACAACAAGAAAUUAGCAGAUCCAUUUAUCGGCUUCAAUGAGAUCAAGGCCGAAUGGGUCGGCCUGAAAUCAUGGACUUAUCGGGUUACAAUUUCAAGACCAUCACUGUCAAGUACUUCGCGGGCCGUGCUUGCAUUUGACGGCCUGGACACGUUCGCGACCGUCAAGCUCAGCGGCAGGACGAUCCUGGAGAGUGACAACAUGUUCCUACCUCACCGUGUGGACAUCACAGAUUUCAUCCAGAGUGCUGAGAGGAAGAGCCUUGACCUCGAGAUCACAUUCGAAUCUGCAUUCCUCAAGGCUCGGGAGAUCAAAGCGCAACACCCGGAACAUAAAUUUGUGGCGUUCAACGGAGACACAGCCCGUUUGGCGGUAAGGAAGGCUCAAUACCAUUGGGGCUGGGAUUGGGGCCCGCUACUGGUGUGUACUGGAAUCUGGAAACCCGUCCGCCUGGAGAUGUAUUCUGUGAGAGUCGCAGAGCUUCGCACCGAUGUGACUAUCUCCAACGACCACAAAUCCGCCACGAUCGGCACGAAGAUUGACGUGGAAGGCCACCAGAAUCACCACCAUCAUAGCCUCCAAGCAAGACUAGUCCUCAAGCUGGGCGACAAGAUAAUCGACUCGCUCGACACCAUAAUCUGCGCAGACGGCACAGCUUCCGGGCAGCUGAAGGUCAGCAGGCCUGAACUAUGGAUGCCGAACGGCUACGGCAAGCAGACAUUAUACACUGUGACGGCCAGCAUCCUCACCAACAAUGGAGAAACCAGUCUGCACACGGAAAGCAAACGCAUCGGACUCCGCAACGUCCAGCUCGUGCAGGAGCCUGAUGCGCGCGGAAAAUCGUUCUACUUCCGCAUCAACGGCGUGGACGUCUUCUGCGGCGGCUCGUGCUGGAUCCCAGCCGACAGCUUCUUGACAAACGUCACGCCGGAGAAGUAUCGUGCGUGGCUCGAAUUGAUGGUUCCUGCGAACCAGAAGAUGAUCAGGAUUUGGGGCGGAGGGAUCUACGAAAAUGACGCGUUCUAUGAUGCUUGUGAUGAACUGGGCAUUCUCGUGUGGCAGGAUUUCAUGUUUGGCUGCGGCAAUUACCCUUGCUAUCCGGCUAUCCUGAAGUCGGUGGAGCGGGAGGCCGUGGCUAAUGUUCGGAGAAUUCGGCACCACCCGAGCAUUGUGAUAUUUGCCGGAAACAACGAAGACUAUCAGGUGGCCGAGUCUGCACACUUGACAUACAACUACGAGGACAAGGACGAGGAACACUGGUUGAAGACUGAUUUCCCAGCCCGGUUUAUCUACGAGUCGCUGUUGCCCAGGGUCUCUGCGGCCGAAGCUCCGUGGAUUCCUUACCAUCCUGGAUCUCCUUGGGGAGAUGGAAAGAUCAGCUCAGACCCCACCGUGGGCGACAUGCAUCAGUGGAAUGUAUGGCACGGCACACAGGAGAAGUAUCAGAUUUUCGACUCUCUGGGCGGACGAUUUAAUUCCGAGUUUGGCAUGGAGGCUUUCCCGCACAUUGCGACGAUCAAGUCGUUCGUGGAGAAGGAAGAAGAUCUCUAUCCCCAGAGUCAUGUGCUCGAUUUUCACAACAAGGCCGAUGGGCAUGAGCGGAGGAUCGCCACCUACCUUGUGGAGAACGUGAGGACAGCAACGUCUUUGGCAGCGUACAUCCACUUGACACAAUUGAUCCAAUGUGAGGCACUCAUGUUUGGCUAUCGCGGCUGGCGCAAACAGUGGGGGAAUGAUAGACACUGUGGCGGGGCCUUGGUGUGGCAAUUGAACGAUUGCUGGCCAGUGACAAGCUGGUCGAUCGUCGACUACUACUUACGGAGGAAGCCUGCCUAUUACGCGAUGGCUCGUGUAUUGGCUCCGGUGGCGGUCGGGGCCCGCCGCAGUUAUCACGAUUGGAGUGUGACGCAUGCUCGAGAACCGCCUACGCAGGACUGGGAGUUAUGGGUGGUGAGUUCGAAGCUGACUGACAUUAUCGCUGACGUGGAGGUCAAAUUUGUGUCUGUUCGAACUGGGCAGGAGAUCAAGCAGAAGAUAGUGCAGAAAGGGAUCCGAGUGAAAGCCAAUGGCACCACGGACGUGCUGAAAGGAGUGAUUGACAACGUGCAGGAAGAGCCCCACGUCCUUGCAGCAAGAAUCUGGGUGGACGAUAAGCUGGUGGCCCGAGAUACUGACUGGCCUCAGCCACUGAAAUACCUUCCGUUCCCUGAACGCAAGGUGAAAGUCGAGGUGGUUGGUGGUGAGAUGCAUGUGAGUGCUGAGAGGCCAGUCAAGUGUCUGGUCUUUGAAGAACGCGAGGGAUGCCACCUCAGCGACAGUGCAAUCGAUAUAGUGCCGGGCGAUAAGCAGAUCAUCCAGGUCCGAGGCCUCAAGGCUGGAAGCAACCCUUUGGACUGGACCUACCUAGGCGCAGGGGAACAGUGA